AUGGAGCGGUCCGAGGCCCACGGCUUCGCCGCCGCCAUGAGCGGCGCCUUCCUGCUGUCGUGCCUGCUCUUCGCGGCGAUCAACCGCCACCAGCGCGGGCCCUACAUGGACGAGGCCUUCCACGUCCCCCAGGCGCAGGCCUACUGCCACGGCCGCUUCCUCCAGUGGGAUCCCAUGAUCACCACGCUGCCGGGCUUGUACCUGGUCUCAGUGGGAGCAGUGAAGCCCGCGGCGUGGCUCUUCGGGUGGACGGGAAGCGUGGUGUGCUCUGCGGGAAUGCUCAGGUUUAUUAACCUCCUUUUCAGUGCUGGGAACUUCUAUUUACUGUAUUUACUUCUGUUCAAGAUCCAUCAAAAGAAUAAGGCUGUGUCUGGUUUCCAGAGAAUCUUGUCUACAUUAACUCUUGCAAUGUUUCCCACCCUUUAUUUUUUUACAUUCCUUUAUUACACGGACCCAGGUUCAGUAUUUUUUACUCUCUUUGCCUAUUUAAUGUGCCUUUAUGGUAACCAUAAAACUUCAGCUCUCCUUGGAUUUUGUGGCUUCAUGUUUCGUCAGACGAAUAUUGUGUGGACAGUUUUUUGUGCUGGAAAUAUUGUUGCAGAGAAGCUAAAUGAAGCCUGGAAGACAGAGUUACAGAAAAAGAAAGAUGAAAAGAUUUCUUCCAGGAAAGGAUCAUUUUCAGAUUUGAUCAGAAUAUUGCAGUUUCUUAUUGAAUACCUCAUAACGCCUAAAAACCUAGUUAUACUUACUGCUUUAACUUGGCCAUACAUCAUAUUAGUAACUGUGUUCUUCGUUUUUGUCUUCAUCAAUGGUGGAAUAGUUGUUGGUGACAGAAGUAGCCACGAAGCCUGUUUGCACUUUCCUCAGCUGUUCUAUUUUCUGUCCUUCACUGUCUUUUUUUCAUUCCCUCAUUUAUUGACCCCUACUAAAAUCAGGAAAUUCCUUCUGUCAUUACGAAAGCACCCUGUGCAGUACAGCUUAAUUGCCGUUAUCUCUUUAUUCCUGAUCUGGAAAUUUACUUAUGUUCAUAAGUAUUUACUAGCGGAUAACAGACACUAUACAUUCUAUGUUUGGAGAAAAGUCUUCCAAAGACACGAUCUUGUAAAAUAUGUAUUGGUUCCAGUCUAUAUAUUUGCUGGCUGGAGUUUUGCUGAUACACUAAAAUCAAAAUCGAUAUUCUGGAUCUUAAUGUAUUUUGUAUGUUUAUUAGCAGUCACGGUUCCUCAAAAAUUGCUAGAAUUUCGUUACUUUAUUUUGCCAUUCUUAAUAUAUAGGCUCAAUAUUCCAUUUCCAUCUCUAUAUAGACAACUUCUGGAGCUGGCUUUUUAUAUUGUUGUGAAUGCAGUAACUUUUUAUCUUUUUCUAAACAGAACAUUCCAAUGGCCAAAUAGUGAUGAAAUCCAGAGGUUUAUGUGGUGACUUUUUUUUUUUUUUUGAUAACUUUCAUACCCUUAGGAGAACCCGGUUCUGUUUCAGGACUGUGGACUCUGGAAUGAAGCAGUAUGUUUUGCAUUAUGUAAGGACUUUUUUCCCCAUUUGGAAUUGGGGAAGUAACCCGUUUGUUUAUUUCUUGGAACUGAAUGUGAGAUCUGAUUUGUUGUAAUGUAAAGAUAUUCCAUAUAUUGAAUUUAUAAGCUCCUGGAAUUAACAAAUUCAAUAUGAAGGGAAAUUUGUGAACAACUUUCUGUAUGUGAAACGAGGGAGAUGUUUACAGUCAUUUUUCAUUAUAAUAAAAUAUUACAUAAUAUGCCCUUGAAGAUAUGACA